ACAAACAUUUUAUAUUUUAUUCAUCAAUCUUCAUUUCAAAUAACGGUAACAUCUCCAUUCUUGUUCGCAAUAAAUGAGCUAAAAAGUAAGCGGGGUAGGACAAGCCGAUGCUAGGGAAGGAGAAUGGUUUCAUCCGCCCUGUUCCAUUGCCAUCCCGUUACCCAAAGUAGGCCUAAUGUGGUCUUAUAUUUUAGUCAUCUUACUUGAUGAACAAAUUGAAAUGGAUUGCGCAUCCAGCAACUCUGAUGUCCUUGUGAAUGAAAUUGUCUCGAAUUUUAAAAAACACACAUUAACUUUCCGUGCAUCCUAUAUUAUCCCACAAAUGUAUUAAACACCUUUGUAAAAGCACCAUUUUAAGUUAUUUUCUCACAUCACCUGUAUUGAAUAUCUUUUCUUUUCUUUUUCAUUUUUCAGCUUUCCAUGUCUCUUCGAUUUCUUGGUCAAGUGAUAGUUGAGUGAAGGUCAUCUGCUUCAUUGUUGACGAUUCUUGAUCAAAUUUCUUGAAGGAAUAGUUGAGUAAACAAGGAAUUGAAGGUCCUCCUGCAUGUCUCUACAUAUGGAAAAUCGAACUAGACAUAUUUAACUUAGUAUUAUUUGUACUAGUAAUUGCAUUUUUGCAAUGAUUUUUGUAUCCUAUGUAGUUGCAUCACUCGUUUUGAUAUUUAUAAAGAAAUAAUAGCUAAAAGAGAAAUAAAAAAUAUUACUAAUUCAAAUCAAAAAAGGAAAGAAAUAAGCAUAAACAAGUAGUUGAUAAAAAAAGGAAACAAAACACACAAGUUCAAUAAGGAAAAGGAUUAGUUUGAAUUUUUUUCUCUUAUAAAUAAACCAAUUCCACCCUUCCCUAUUCGUCCCUCUUCUUUAUUCAGCCUCUGUCUUCACUGGAAAUUUCGUCCUGUGAAAGAAAUCGUUUGAAAAAAUUCUUUUUAUUUCCUCAAAUUCGCCUUUCGCUAUGUCUGUCAUGAUUGUGACAAGUUUAGGGGACAUAACAGUUGAUUUGUUUACGGAUGAAUGUCCUUUGACAUGUAAAAAUUUUCUUAAAUUAUGCAAGAUAAAAUACUAUCAUAAUUGUAUCUUUCAUACCAUUCGGAAGAAUUUCACCAUCCAGACAGGAGAUCCAACUGGAACAGGAUCCGGAGGGGAUUCCAUAUACAAAUUUUUAUACGGGAGUCAGGCUCGUUUUUUUAGUGAUGAGAUUCAUCCAAACUUGAACCAUUCAAAGAUGGGAACGGUUGCUAUGGCUAGUAGCACUGGUACUGGUGAGAAGAAUCUAAAUGCUUCUCAAUUUUAUAUCACGUUACGUGAUGAUCUGGAUUCUCUUGAUGGAGAGCAUACUGUUUUCGGAGAGAUUACAGAAGGAUUUGACACGUUGCAUAGGAUAAACGAAGUUUAUGUGGAUGACAAUGGCAAGCCUUAUCAAAAUAUACGAAUCAAACACACUUACAUAUUGUAUGAUCCUUUCGAUGAUCCUUCCCAGUUAGACGACUUGAUUCCAGAUGCUUCACCUGAAAGAAAUCCGAAAGAUGAGAUUGAUGAUGAUGUUCGACUAGAGGAUGAUUGGAUGCCAAAGGAUGAGGAAUUAGGGGUUCGUGAAGAGAAGGAAGCACACUCCCGAGCAGUAAUACUUGAAAGCGUAGGAGACAUUCCUGAUGCUGAGAUGAAACCCCCUGAGAAUGUGCUCUUUGUUUGUAAAUUAAAUCCGUCAACUGAAGAGGAAGCACUAUAUAUAAUCUUCUCACAGUUUGGAACCGUGACAUCUGCUAAAAUCAUUAGAGAUCACAAGACUGGGGAUAGUCACUGUUAUGCUUUCAUCGAGUUUGAGGACAAGGAGUCCUGUGAGCAAGCAUAUUUUACGAUGGAUAAUACUAAAAUUGAUGAUCGAAGGAUACGAGUUGAUUUUAGUCAGAGUUUAGCAAAGUUAUGGCCCCAAUAUAGACGACCUAGAAACCAAAGAGGCAAUAAUGUUGAUGAUGCCAUCAAACAACAGAAAGAACACAAGAAGCAGCAUGGUGGAGAUGCCAACUCAAAGUACUCUAAAUUUCUGAAAACAAGAAAAGAGACCAGAAAACACAAAGGAAGAAAACACCGGCAAAUAACAAAGACACGUUAAGGUUCCUAUUGCUUACCUGUAGAAUAAAUACAUGUAAUUCAAUAUUACGCUGCACUCUUCUUAUAAGCAUAUUGUUCUCCUCCACAUCUAUUUUUCUGCUUGAAACGAUUGUAGCUUAAAUCUGUUAGGAUCGAAUCCACACACACUUGAAUAAUGAAUAGUACUUGUUGCACUCAAAAUUUCCAAUGUGGUUGCUUCUGGCUCCUUUACUUACCUUGCUAAUCACUCUCAAUGUAUCUCUGGCACUAUACAUAGAGCUUGGAACUUUGUUCUUAUAUGCUAAUUCUCCUUCUUUACAAUCAUCACUGCAAUACAUACAAUCUUAACACGGUCUCCUUUGCAGUUGCGCCAUUCACCUGAGAAUUCAAAAAGUUCAAAAUUAGAUGUGUUGAGUACAAAGAGUAAACAGGAAUAUCAAAUACGACACUGUAAAGCUAAUAAGCUAUAAAGAUGUGGAAUGAGAUGAUAUAGUAAUUAACAUACUGUAAGGUUUAAAAAAUAGUAAAUGCCAAUGUAAUAAGGUCUUUUGAUUUCAAUUCCUUUUAUCAAUGAAAUCACAAUUAGCUUAAAACAAUCAAUCAAAACUUAAUUCAAUCAUCACCAAAUUAGGUAAAAAAAAUUACAAAUUACUCUGAAACAAAUAAAAAGCGAGAUGCAAAAUUGAAAAUGAAAAGUGAUUUAUGAAGGAAACAAAGAGAAUUAGAG